ACCUACACUAUGCAGCAUGCUGAUGCCAAUGCUUGGCGGGGGCAAAGGGCAUUUGCUGUGUAACCUGUUAGGUGAAGGAGCGUGCAAUGGCGCUGCAUCGGAGCAACAAGGAAAACGUGCAUUUGCGUGUAAAUUGAAAUGGACAAGGUUUGUCAUCCGCCGCUGAAAAGAAGCUAGGUCGAUUAAAACUCGCCCAGAAAAUCUCCUUGAAGGACGUUCCAAAAGCUUUGACCAAAGCAGCCUACAUUCUGGGGGAGGGGGAUGUGGACCAGAAGACAAGAAGAGCUCAGGCUUAGCCUACGUACCUUGCAAAUAUUGGAGCUGUCAGCAGCAAUUCAAGAUACUGUUAGAUGGUGGCACAACACUAAAAUACGCCAGCAACUCCUGUAUCGGCAGCAGCCCUGCAGAAAGUCAGCCAGGAUGUCGUACAGAUUUGGCAGAUCAGCAGGUCUCCUUGCUAUCUGCAUAAUGGGUCUUAUAUGUCUUGGUCUCCUAGGGGAUAGUCAGGCAGACUAUGUAGAGACAGCACCUCGACCUGGUGCCCCUUCUCCCCCUCUCAUUCCCCCAGGCAGCUGCCCCCUCACUUUUCUGCAAUCUGACAUGCAGCAUGCAAAGCAAGGGUGUUCCUCUGCAUCCAUCAAUUUGUAUGGAGAUUCUCCCACCAGCUGCUGCGGCCACCUCCAGGCACUCCUGUUUCAGAGCCGCGUGCGAUACGCAAAUGAGACUGGACGCCUGCUCCUGCCUCAGGCGUCGGCAGAUGCAUGCAUUCAGGUUCUAGAUUCUGCGAUGGCGGCAAUUGGCGUACCAUAUGUCCGAAAUUGCAGCAUUACGAGCCAGGCGCUGUCGGAGGACACUGGAAAAGCCUGCGGAGACGACCUGACAACUGUGUAUGACUUCUGGUCUGCUGCAAACCACACCUUCCCAGGUACGGUUGGCAUAACCUGUUACGGCACAACCACCGACUGCAGCGUCUGCACCUCCUCAAUCACAAGCAAGAUUAUGUCACUCGGUAGCAGCACGACGGCGCUUCUCAGCACUUCCUCUUGCCAAGCCCUCGCCCAAGUCGCAAUGACUGCUGCCGCGUACCCCCUCUCCAUCGCCAACAGGAUGUCCCAGUGCCUGCACGGCGUGGACAUCUCUCCAAUCGUCUUGGCCAAAACAUGCACCGCCUUUGAUUGGAAGUCUGCGAACUUCACUUCGGUGGCCCUCAGCUGCGGACAAAACGUGCGCGCCGAUCGCUGCUGCAAUCUGGUGCUCGGGAUGUACGGCCAGCAGCAGGCGUUGUACAUGAACCGGACGGGGCGCUCGGAGAACCAGGAUGAAGUGGAGGCAUGCGCGGCCGAGUUCCAGGCGGCUCUCACAGCCCACGGCAUUCCGUCUACGGUCGUAAACACAUGCCGCAUCAGCGCGACCAACCUGCUCUUCAGUGUCGGCUGUUACAACUACACCACGAUUCUCCAGCGCAUUCCAGUAGGCUACUACCGGCAACUAGAGACGGCGUGCAACCCGUCGACGAGCGACUGCAGCCAGUGCAAGCCGACGUUUUUCUCCAUCGGCGCGGAGCUGGCCAACACGACGAGCGUCGACAUUCUGAACUCGUGCAUGCUCAUGUUCGGAAACCAGUUCUUUGGUUGGUUCCCAACCAUGGAGGAGAUAACCGCCCGGCUGAAUUGUUACUACCAGUUCCCCCCGGGGCUGCAGCUGGGACUUCCCACCCCCCGGAAAGACAGCGGCCCGAACGUCGCCCUCAUUGCCGGCCUCACCGGGGGAAUCGUGGGAGCGCUCGUGCUGCUCGGGGCGCUGAUCGGGUGCUACGCGUGGAGGCGCUUCCCGCCGAGCAAGGCCCGCUGGAACGCGCAGCUGAAAACGCUCAGCCGCAUCUCGUCGCUCCGGAUGCGCGCGCACCAGAAACGUUUGGUGAUCUACAGCCGGUGGCAGCUCCGGCGGGCGACCAGGAACUUCGACGCGAGCCGGUUGCUGGGCAGCGGGGGCUCGGGUAAAGUGUUCGUGGGGGAGCUAGGUGGGGAGACGGUGGCCAUCAAGGAGGCCGUGUUUACCAGCAGCAAGGACGGGGCCAAGGAAGCAUGGAACGAGAUUGCGACGUUGGCCCGCUGCCGGCAUCGUAACUUGGUCAUCCUGAAAGGUUGCUGCAUGAGCGGGUCCCAUUGCAGUCUCGUCUACGAGUACAUGGAGCAAGGCAGCCUGGAGGAUCACCUGUACGAACCGGCACACGUCUCUGGCAGACCGACGCGGCGAGGACUGCAAGUCCACUUCUUGGACUGGCCCACACGCCUCAAGAUCGCGACGGGGACUGCCAACGGGCUCGCUUAUCUGCACGAUGAGUGCGAGCCAAAGUGCAUACACCGCGACGUGAAGCCCAGCAACAUUCUGCUGACUACCAACUUCGAUGCGAAGCUGUCCGACUUCGGGCUGGCCAAAUUGACGAAUCACGACGAUACGCACGUGACGACUGGGAUCGCCGGCACUUGGGGUUACCUAAGUCCGGAGUACAUGGCCACCGGGCAGCUGACCGAGAAGAGCGACAUGUACAGCUUCGGGGUGGUGUUGUUGACGCUGGUGGCCGGAAGACGACCCACCAAGCCGGAUGCUUUUGGGGGGGAGAUCUAUCUGCCGGAAUGGGCCUGGGUCCUGGCGGAACGGAACGAGCUGGGGCUGCUGGUGGACCCGCGACUUGAUGGGGAACGGAUCGAGCACAUUGAGAGCAUUGACCGGAUGACCAGGGUCGCGCUGCUGUGCGUCCACGCCAACGUCAGCAUCCGGCCAACAGCCCGGCAGUGCGCAGACAUGCUUGCAAACAUGAUGGAGGUGCCGCCUCUUCCGCGACGGCCCAUGACUCUCUACACGAUUGCAUCGAUAGCUUCGUCGGAGUCGGGCAGUGCGUCGAUGAUCCGCGCACCACACCAACUGGCAGCGGACUUCGACAGUUCGUUGGGAACGAGCGACUCAGGGGGGGCCAGCUUUGUGCGGCAAUAGUUUUGUUGCGGUUAGCCAGGUUACGUGUUGCGGAAAAGUUGGUCGGUGCUGGGUGAGCGGAAGUCCGUGUAGAUUAUGACUCGCGAGCCAGGCGCUUUGUGUAACUUAUGCUUGGACUAUGUGGACGCUACGAAGAGGUCAUUGAUGAGGAGUAGUUCAGCGGAUGCUCUUAUGCUGACCAGAGAUUAGGAAUUUCGGGGGAUUUUAGCAAUUGUGUGUCCGUGCAUGAGCGGAUAUUGAAGCGAGCCUCGAAGGUGUUGUGGACUGAGGCGUCGAGUCGAGGCCUCUAGCUGCUGGUUUACUUAGAACUUGUUGGCUACAGAACAGUCUGGAAUCUGUGUUUUCAGGCAUUUGGUUUGCUUAAUGCUGCACAAAUGAGCUAGUAACCGGCUCGUUUUGUUUUUUGUCUUGAUACAGUGUAUCAAGGAUCGAGAGUCUCAAGGGUUCGUCUUGCAUGCUUCAUCUGCUCCA